UCAAAAUUAUAACCUCGAAUCUUAUUCUUCCAAAGACAUAUUUUGCGAAGCAUUUUCGAUUCAAAAGCAGAAUUUUUAACUUUAAAAAAAAAAAUAGUAUUUAAUCAAAUAUUCUAUCAAAAUGACUGAAGAAAUCCAGAAAAAGAUGCAGAAGGAGCUGGAGUUAUUAAGCGGUAUACAAAAAGAUUACCGUAAGGCAGUCGCACAGAAACAACAAUUAGAUAGUCAGUUAAAUGAAAACAAAGCGGUUAAAGAGGAACUAUUGCUGUUGAAAAAGGACGCAGAAGUUUACAAACUGAUCGGGCCCGUGCUAGUGAAACAAGACUUAGAAGAUGCUACACAGAAUGUAAUUAAGCGUAUGGAGUACAUUAGCAAAGAGAUCAAAAGAGCAGAUGACCACAUAUUUGCUUUAGAGAACAAGCAAGAAGCCCUCCAAGAGAACCUGAACAAGCUUAAGAUUGACCUUAACAAACUAAAGAUAAAGGCUUAAGAAGUAUAAAAAAACAACCUUAUUUACCUAACUCUUCUUUUUGCAUUAUGUCUAUUUAACUAAUUAUACGUUUAACAUAUAA